UCUCUCUCUAGUUAAAUAGCGAGGAGACGGGGGAGCGAGCGGACGGCUGGACUCUGGAUUAUCUCUCUCUCUCUCUCUCUCUCUCUUUUUCUUUCUUUCUCUCUCUUGUUGUUUUAUCGUCGAAUUAAACCCGCGUCUGCUCGACCACCGACGGCCGUGUAGCAGGGCCAAGAUGUCCAGUGAGGUGCAGAGACCAGACGACAGCCCCAGCACGAGCGGAGGAAGCUCGGACAUCGAACAGAGAGAGACCGCCCCUGCAGAGCAGGAACGUGAGCCGGCGCAACCCAAGAAGAAAGAAACCAAGAUCUCGAGUAAAACGGCUGCCAAACUCUCUACCAGUGCCAAGAGAAUUCAAAAGGAGCUUGCAGAAAUCACUCUAGAUCCGCCGCCAAACUGCAGUGCUGGUCCCAAAGGAGACAACAUCUAUGAGUGGAGAUCGACCAUUCUGGGACCGCCUGGCUCUGUCUAUGAAGGAGGGGUGUUUUUCCUCGACAUUGCGUUCACACCCGACUACCCAUUCAAACCACCCAAGGUAACAUUUCGUACGAGGAUCUACCACUGCAACAUUAACAGUCAGGGAGUGAUCUGUCUGGACAUACUGAAGGACAACUGGAGUCCUGCACUCACCAUCUCUAAAGUGCUGCUGUCCAUCUGCUCUCUGCUCACGGACUGCAAUCCAGCCGAUCCUCUUGUCGGAAGCAUCGCCACGCAAUACUUGACCAACAGAACGGAACAUGACAGAAUAGCCAAACAGUGGACGAAGAGAUACGCCACAUAAAGGAAAUCCUCCCAACGCCCCCGUCUCCACCCGCCCACUAUAAAUUCUCCCUUUUCCGACCCCACUGUACCUCUCUACCUCUUCUCCCCCAUCCUCUCAGAGCACACUCACCAAGUGCAACAAUAUAUAAUCUCCGCCCUUCCACCCCAGCCUCUCUUAUAAAACCUUUCUGUGAAGAGAACUGUCUUUUGUUCCUUGUUGACUUGAAAGCUUCUUUUUUAUACAAAGAGUAGAUUGGGAUUUUAUUUUCCAACUAUCUGAAUGUUUGAAUUAUCCUAGGAGGAAAAUAUUGUUGUUACCAUUAUUAUUAUUAUUAUUAUUAUUAUUAUUGUCGCUCAACUUAACGUAUGUAUAUCUUUACUUUUUAAGUGGCAUCAGGAACAAAUAACAGAUUAUAGAUCACAUCACCACACUUUCUUUUUUUUCUGAUGGAAGUCAACCAUGGUAUGUGCAUGUAACAGGAUGACUGUGUGCAUCCGCAGGAACUCCGAGCUCUACCCUCUCGUUUCGUUUGUAUGUAUUUUUUAAACACGCUGUCCGAGCAGCCACUGGGAAAACGACAAAAAAAAAGAAAAUCAAAAAAAAAAAAAACGAGUCUUGCUAGUGGAUAGAUCAGAAAAAUCAAACCUGUAUAUAGCAACAAUACCACAUCUGACCGGCCAGUGGGGUUUGUUGUGCACUUGCUUAAUGGACUACAUCCAAUAAAACACUGUGGCUGAACUGUAA